AUGGCAGCACCAAUACCAGACUAUUUUGACCUAAAUUGGGCUGUUCUCAGCACAAUUGGUAUAACUUACUUUUUCGUUGGCAUCAUGGUAGCUGGUAUACGAGGCAAAAUCUCAGCCAUCAUCCUAGUGCCGAUGAUUGUUUCCGCUGCGUGUGCCCUCGCAAACGGCUUGAUAUACUACCAGGCUUAUACACAACCGCCGCCGGUCAAGCAGGCUGUCUCUUUGAUAUUCCAGGAUAUUUCUUGGAUGAUUCAGGAAGCUGGUCUUCCCUUCUACGGCUACAUCAUUGUAACCAACAUCAUCUCCGGCCACGAGCGAGUCAUUUUCCUCACGCUCUUUUGGGUACUCAUAUUCAUUAUUGUGGGCAUUCGCGCCGCCAUAAUCGCAGUCAACACUUGCGUUAUUCUCGAUAAAACCGUUCCCGUUGCCGUCUACUCCACUAUUAUGAACCGUCUACAUAUAGGCUACUUCUUGCCCAUCGCCUUAGCUGAGUCUGUAAGCGCAUUCUUCUUGAUCAAGAGAUUCCGCACGACCAUCAAGUCGUCAAUAUCGUCUGGGAUAAACGCCGGAAAGCUAUUUUGCUACCUUAUGCGUAGUACGGAGAUGCGCGUUGCAACACUAGCACUCGUUGGCAUCUCGCGCACUAUUACUUUCUCGUUUCAUGUAAUUGGGAAUGAGAAGGGUAUUGCUAGACAGCUCGAUCUAUUCGUGUAUACGCUCACGUCUAUAUUCCCUAUUGUCAUGUUCAUUGACACAGUUUCCACGCGCAGACUAUCCGCAGAGGACAACAACGAGAGGUUUAACGUGUUCGUCGGCCCUACCGUGUCGUGUACCGCUGUUGGGAGCCCUGACCUUGAUGCGAGGAAGCACUCCACUAUGAAUCACUACGAAGACAUUGAGAUUUCAGCAGUUUAG